GCCGCAGCUGCCAGGGAGGGGGCCGCCUGGAUCACGCGCGCGACUUGUGGGCCGCGGAGAUGCCCUGGACGUGCCUGCACGCCCCCUGGCCCCCACCCGGCCUUGGGGAGGGGGCUGAUGGCCGUGUUUACCGAGGGUUUCCCGGGGAACUUGCCCAUUGGCCGGAGGCUGGAGACAGAGGAGGCGGAGGAAGCCGCCGCCGGCCCUGCUGCAAUCCCACCCUCGGGGGGUGGGGGGGACAAGGGGGCGGUGAAGCCGCCGCAGAUCCGCCUCUUUCAUUGAUGAAAUUUAAAUUCGAGGGGUUUUACCUUUAACUUGGGUCUCCAGCUGGCUCUCAUUUAGGUCUGGAGCGCUCUGUAAGGCUGGACUGGGAAAAAGUGGACUCCAUCCCACCGACUUGCCUUUUUUUUUUUUUUUAAGUGGAAAAGGAGUAAUUCCCUCUGGUAUACUUUUUCCUCUUUUUUUUUUUUUUUUGUUUAAGAGCUACUUUUUAUUGCUCUGAAUUAAUAUUCCUUCGAGUUGUCAACUGUGGGUGGAAGGACUACGUCGAGUUGUUAAGCAGGAGAGGAAGAAAAACCUGCUCUAGAGUGUGACUUGUUGAAAAAAAAUUAUAUAUAUUAAUUAUAUUUAUACUACAGAGUAUUUAUUUUAUUAAACCCCAAAAUGUCGAUAUUUGUACAAGAUCUUAGCAAAGCAAUGUCUCAAGGUGGUACUUCCCAGUUCCAAGAAGUCAUUCGACAAGAGCUGGAAUUAUCAGUGAAGAAGGAACUGGAGAAAAUACUUUCAACUGCACCACAAAAUGAAUCUGAGCAUACUAAAAAAGACCUUGAAGGAUUUCGGAAGUUAUUCCAUAGAUUCUUACAAGAAAAGGGACCUUCUGUGGAUUGGGGAAAAAUCCAGAGGCCUCCAGAAGAUUCGAUUCAGCCUUAUGAGAAGAUAAAGGCCAGAGGCUUACCUGAUAAUAUAUCUUCUGUCCUGAAUAAGUUGGUGGUGGUAAAACUCAAUGGUGGUUUGGGAACUAGCAUGGGCUGUAAAGGCCCCAAAAGUCUGAUUGGUGUGCGGAAUGAAAAUACCUUUUUGGAUCUGACAGUUCAGCAAAUUGAGCACUUGAACAAAACAUACAACACAGAUGUUCCUCUUGUUUUGAUGAACUCUUUUAAUACCGAUGAAGAUACAAAAAAAAUACUUCAGAAGUACAGUCAUUGUCGUGUGAAAAUCUACACUUUUAAUCAAAGCAGGUACCCUAGAAUUAAUAAAGAAUCUUUACUGCCUGUAGCAAAGGAUGUGUCUUAUUCAGGGGAAAAUACAGAAGCUUGGUAUCCUCCAGGUCAUGGUGACAUUUAUGCCAGUUUCUACAAUUCUGGUUUGCUUGAUACUCUUAUAGGAGAGGGAAAGGAGUACAUUUUUGUGUCCAACAUAGAUAAUUUGGGUGCCACAGUGGAUCUGUAUAUUCUUAACCAUCUUAUGAAUCCACCCAAUGGAAAACGUUGCGAAUUUGUCAUGGAAGUCACCAACAAGACAAGGGCAGAUGUAAAGGGCGGUACCCUCACACAAUAUGAGGGCAAACUGAGGUUGGUAGAAAUUGCUCAAGUGCCAAAAGCCCACGUUGAUGAAUUCAAGUCUGUAUCAAAAUUCAAAAUAUUUAACACAAACAACCUGUGGAUCUCUCUAGCGGCAGUCAAGAGACUGCAGGAGCAGAACGCCAUUGAUAUGGAAAUCAUUGUCAAUCCAAAGACCCUGGAUGGAGGCCUAAACGUUAUUCAGUUGGAGACUGCAGUUGGAGCUGCUAUUAAAAGUUUUGAGAAUUCUCUUGGCAUCAAUGUUCCCCGAAGCCGUUUUCUGCCUGUUAAAACUACAUCCGAUCUUCUACUUGUGAUGUCAAAUCUCUACAGCCUUAACGCAGGAUCCUUAACAAUGAGUGAAAAGCGAGAGUUUCCUACUGUGCCCCUGGUUAAAUUAGGAAGCUCUUUUACAAAGGUCCAGGAUUACCUAAGGCGGUUUGAAAGCAUACCAGAUAUGCUGGAACUGGAUCAUCUCACAGUGUCUGGAGAUGUGACAUUUGGCAAGAAUGUCUCAUUAAAGGGAACGGUUAUCAUCAUUGCAAACCACGGUGACAGAAUUGAUAUCCCUCCUGGAGCUGUGUUAGAGAAUAAAAUUGUAUCUGGUAACCUUCGGAUCUUGGACCACUGAAGAAAAAAAUGCUCUGGAUUUUUUAUUGAUUAUAUGAGUUAAAUUGUGUUUCACAAAUGGAAUGUUCAAUAAGGUUUGGGAAUAGAGGCAGGUGCUUUAUCCACUGUUUCACUGUACCCUGAAGUAUUAAUUUUUAAAGUAGAGUUUUCUGCAGUAUGCUCUUAUUUCAAAGCACAGAUGGACAUCUGAAAGCAAUACUACUACUUCUUUGAAGAGAUCUGUGUAUCAUUAACUUUUAAGUGCAAUAUUGCUGGUCUCACCAAGGGGAUGGCUCUGCUGGAAGAUCUUUUAACAGAGGCCUGCCUGGCUCCGGUCAUUUUGAACUGCUUGUAAUUUAAAAAUAAAGCUGUGAAGCAAUAUAUAUGUGCACAUUUAUAAUUUUUCAAUUAUAUCAUUUUUAUGAAGUAAUCUUUCACUAUUGCAGAAUAUUUAAAAGACUGCAAAGGCUUGAAAUUGUGGUACUUAAAUUUUUGCAUCUACAAGAAUCUUGUUUGGUUUUAUCUAUGUACAAAAUGGAUUAAUACCUCAUCAUGUUUCAUUGUGAGGAUAUAGAUUAAGUAGUUUUAUUUCCUUCCAAAGAAUGUGUUUAUUCAAGCCUCUGUGUGUACGCGUGUGUGUGUGUGUUUAUUUUUGCUUGGUGGAAAUCACUUAUCGGAUUGGAUUUGGCUCCUUUCUGCCUCUCUCCUCCUCCCUGCCCCGAUCUCUCCUGUGGGGUCAGUGAAUAGUAAGCAAUGUUUUCCCCUUAUCCUCUUCCUUUUACUGCACCCUCCCUUUGUGGUGUUGGGUUGGUUUGGUUUUUUUUUUUAAUCAUACACUGAAGCAAUCUUCAGGAGAAAAGAGAUUAAUCAAAUUUCUCAGAAUGGCCAAAUAAAGCUCACAAACAGCACUGCAAGUUGUCUACUUGUCAUUAAAAUUACUGUGCCCUUUGUUAUAAUGGUCCCUUUUCCAAUUCUUCCAUGCUUGUUCCUGGACCACAUGCUUCUAAGACCCAUAGUAACACUAAUCUGUAUCUUGCUGUAUAACUAUUAAAAGAAGUUGGUCUUUAAAAGUC